AUGCCUCCAUUUCGCAACUUUCUAGGACGAAAGUCCCAACCCAAUGCGGAUCCUGUCUCAGAUGAGAAUUUACUCUCUCCAAAUCAACGCCCUGCGCCCAUAUCGAUCCGUAGUAGUCAAGAUGAACCCUCCGAGUACAAAUUGAGUGUGGUCAACGACAGCGGUGUCUAUCUUCCGCCUUCUCCUCCCGAGCGGCCGAGUUUCUGGCGCCGGUACCCGGGUUCCAACAAAUCCAUCAACCAUAGAGAUCUCGUUGACGAGAAUGAGCCUUUCUCCAUCUCUCGCGAGUCCUUCGACUCUUAUCGCCGAUCAUUUGAUAUCUCCGCCCGCUCACCCAUAAUUCACCCCGAUGCUGGUCCUUCUCGAACCUCUCUUGAUUCUAGAUUCUCAAGAUUAACCCCGUCGGGUACUCACUCCAAUAGCUUCACCAAGCCUGACCCCAUGGAGGAAGAAACUUUCGAAGAAGUAGGCCUAAAUGACGAGGCGAAACCGAAGAAGAAAGGUUUCCUCGCCAGAUUCGGUGACUCUACUAAUGACGCGCAAUCGCCCGGGCCCAAGUCUUCUACCUCGUCCUUCAAUUUCCAUAUUCCUGGCCGGAAGCGCGCGCAGAGUGGUGUCGGAUCAGAACUGGGGUCUGUGAAAGUAAAUACCUCUGCACCUGUACCCGCUGAUGAGACAUGA